CCGAGGCUUCACCCGCGCUGCCGCGGCUCCCUCUGCACCGCCUCCGCCCGCGCCAUGACUCCACCACGAGAGCGUCAAGUGUUAAACGUUUGAAAUCCAGACGCGCCGACUUUCGCAUGCUCGAGCGCGCGGACUGAGCUGCCGGAGAGCGCCGCGCACACGCCCCAGAGAGGACGCUGCCUGCUUCCCCUUCUUCCUGUCUUUUGGGUCGCGGCGAAGACUUUUGCAAAAAAGGGCAGCAAACUGGCUCAGGUCGCUCCCAGUCCGCCCAGUGUGACAGCCGCUCCUCACCCAGUUUGGCGGCCCGUCAGCAGCAAGAGGAUGGCAUCAGAGCUGGCGAUGAGCAGCUCCGACCUGCCCACCAGUCCCCUGGCCAUGGAAUAUGUUAAUGACUUCGAUCUGAUGAAGUUUGAAGUGAAGAAGGAGCCGGUGGAGCCCGAUCGCAGCAUCAGCCAGUGCAGCCGCCUGAUCGCCGGGGGAUCCUUGUCUUCCACCCCGAUGAGCACGCCGUGCAGCUCGGUGCCCCCGUCCCCAAGUUUCUCCGCUCCCAGCCCCAGCUCCGGGAGCGAGCCCAAGACCCACAUUGAGGAUUUCUACUGGAUGUCCGGUUACCAGCAGCAGCUGAAUCCAGAGGCGCUGGGCUUCAGCCCCGAGGACGCGGUGGAAGCGCUGAUCAACAGCAGCCACCAGCUCCAGCAGAACUUCGACGGCUAUGGCAGGGGCCAGCAGUUCGCGAGCGCGGCCGGGGCAGGAGGCGCCAUGGCCGGGGAGGAGAUGGGCUCCGCCGCGGCGGUGGUCUCGGCGGUCAUCGCUGCCGCCGCGGCUCAGAACGGAGCUCCACACCACCACCACCACCACCACCACAGCCACCACCACCACCAGUCGCCCGGCGUCCAGUCCAGCGGCACCUCGGGGUCCAGCCACGCGCACAUGCGCCUGGACGAUCGCUUCUCGGACGAGCAGCUGGUGACCAUGUCGGUGCGGGAGCUGAACCGGCAGCUCCGAGGGGUCAGCAAGGAGGAGGUCAUCCGCCUGAAGCAGAAGCGGCGGACCCUCAAGAACAGAGGCUACGCGCAGUCCUGCCGGUUCAAGCGGGUCCAGCAGCGGCACGUCCUGGAGGGAGAGAAGACGCAGCUGGUGCAGCAAGUGGAGCACCUGAAGCAGGAGAUCUCCAGGCUGGUCCGGGAGAGGGACGCGUACAAGGAGAAGUACGAGAAGCUCGUCAGCACCGGCUUCAGAGAAAGCGGAUCCAGCAGUGACAACAACCCGUCAUCACCAGAGUUUUUCAUGUCGUCGAGAAAAUUCCUCCAUCUGUGAUUUCAAGCCCUGCUCCUCCCUGACCCAGACUCCUUCAGAUAUCCUACAACUCAGCAGCAGAAAGCGGUUGACCAAUUGCACGAAGACACCUCCAAAGCACAAACAUUUAUGAAAGACUUUGCUGAACACAGGACGAAAAAGACCGGCUGAAAUCCCCCGAAGUGGAUUCCCUCCUUCUACUCAUACUAUUUUACUUCCUGCUUUUUUCUUAAGAAACGAGAAAAACCAUAGAAAAAAAAAGACAGACUCUCCAUGAAGAGAUGCCUGAAAGGGCCCUAGGUACAAGACUGUGGACGGACUCUUUUCUCCCCAGCAGGAAGCGAUGCAUGCCUUUGUAAAUAAACCAUACUACACAUAUUCCUAAUGUAAGACACAAACACUUUCUUAGCAUCUUGCAAUAUCGUACAAGCUAUAAAGACUGUGGAUAGAGUAUUCAUGGUUCACUAGUUUCCACAUGUGUUAUUACCUCCUCAGACACAUGUAACAAUCCAUGUCAUAGUUUCUCUUCAUUUGGAUUCUUCCAACACAGUUUCUAUUGCUGUUAAAACAACCUAGUCUUCCACUCUAAUAUCACCUUAGUACAUGUAUAUAGAGGUGACUGAAGGCAUCUGCAUGUAAUAGUGAAGUCAUUACCACAUUCAAACGGAUCAUACAUCUCGAUAUGUGACUUUCUAUUUAGAGGUUAAGUUUAUGACAGUUACGGCAUAUCGUCUAUUAAAGGCAUUAGAGGUACAUAAAGCUAUUAUUUGACUUUGAUUGUUAUAAGGCAACAAGUGAUUCAGGAAUCUCAAAUAAAUAUAAUUUCUACCGAUACCACAGAUUAAUUUUCCAGUCCCUGGAAUGUUGUUUUUUUAAAUACCCAACUGGCAAUAAGACAUCUCUCCUCACCUACGGUGGGUUGAAACUGUGACAAACACAAUCUUAGAUGGCAAUUUUUCUUUCCAAACCUGUGGAGGAAAAACACCUUCAGACUACAGAAUGAGGACCUCAGUCAUCAAUGGACCACGGAGAUGCUCAAAUUUGUCAGCAAACAAACGGAACCGGACAACCUCAAAGGUUACUAGGCCAUAGUGGUAAAGACCAAACACCUUUGCAUGGACAACUGGAACAAACACAGGCUUGUUGAGCACCUCACCUUCAUGCAUCCUCUACCUCUCAGCACUGCACCAAGGUACCUUCGACUCUUCAGUGAUUCCUCGUCUUAGCCCAACUGCGCCGCUGCAUGGCCCCACAGCCCCGCGAGGAGGGUAGCACGGAACGCUACUCACGGAUGACCACGACACUGGGGAAACCAUCAGUUCAAUCUCUGUAUUCAACUGAAGCAUCUUACCGCAUGUAGAAGACUCAUUGCACACAAUGCCACUCAGAUAUUUUGCUGUAUAUCCUGUAAAUGUACUCACAAUCCAGAGGCUGAACUUUGCAUGUUGUGGAUCGAAACACUUCAUUAUCCAUGUGAACUGAUUUCACAACUUUUUCUUUAUAAAUAUUGCGUGAUGGCAACAUGACUUUGACUUGUCGGGUGGUGCAAGGGUUCAAACACUUUGUUUUUUAUGAAAUUCAGGCCAUGUAGCUAAAAAGACGAAAGGAGACCAAUGAGCUAAGAAUGCAAGUCAUGAGGCCACAUUGCACUACUUUAAAUCAACUUUCAUUCACACCAAGAAUGACAAUAAAAUCAGCUCUGCGUGACGAAGCAAUAGACGCUGUGUGGUGAAACCCACAACGUACCCGAGAACUUCUUGAGGUAUAGUCAACAAAUCUGUUAAAGGUUUUACAAAAAACUUUGUUGUAUGUACCUAAAUAUUGCAGUCUCAAGAUUUUGUGAAAAGUAGUUUAUGGCCACAAGUGCUCUUCUGUUGAGAUCCUACAAAUCGAAAGGUUCCAUAACCGACGUGAUGUGCGUAGAAAUCCGAUUUAAGCAAGCUUUAGCAAAACACAUUGGGAAGGUCAAAUGACAGCAACUAAAAUGGCAUGGGGCUUUUGUUCAAGGCAACUUAACACGUAUUUUAGAUUUAAGGAACUCAAUGAAUUUUAGAAAUAUGUGAUAGAACGGAUAGUAUUUCGCAUCCAUCCUUGUGUGAAACCACCCAGUUGACCUAAAGCCACUUUGGAGAAACUGAAAACCUCCUUGACCUCCCACCUUGUUAUGCGGCGCUGGGUAUUUUCUGACCUCAGUUCCGUCUGACGUUAGAUGUGUGUUAAUGAGCGAGGUCCUUAGCUCAAGCAGAUGUUCCCCCUCGUGGUCUGGAGCUCCCAUCCUACCAAAGGCUCCACCUGUCCACCACAGCAGUAAAUUCUUACCUCCUGCCAAGCCUGCCACCGAACAAAUUACUCCUCGACAAAUAUAAACAUAAGAGCCUCACUAUUCACACUCUUGCCAAAGCAUGCUGAAUCGCAUUAUUUACAGCCUAAACAAACAUGAUUUGGCUCAUGACUUAGCUGUGAUUAGUUAAAGAAGAUUUAAAACGCCAUGCGGAUGAAAACGCCACUCAAAGAUGAUGCCUCCUAUGUCUUUGGAGGAAACACAUGCAGUGAAUACUGAUGUUCCCUGAGCUGUGAUGCUCCGUAUGUUUUCUUAAAACGGCUGCUCAGUGUGACACGGCUUUACUUUAAUACUAUUAGACGGCAUGUUUGUCACAAACUGACCCUGACCAAUACAUGGACGUGCACAGAUGUAUUCUCACACAAUGUGCGCCGGGGCUCAAAGCCACACGCAUGCUAAUCUAAACAGCAGCAAGGGUAUAUGUAAACAGAUCGUGAACAUAAUGGGAUUGUUCGGUGCGCAAACAAUGCUGUUAGCGUAACCGCAGGUCAAAGAUAUAUUACCCAGCGGGCAGCACUGCAGGUAUAUUAACCUGAUUGAUAUGUGGCUGAUAGGAACAGAGAUGGGAAGGAUAUGGAGCUAUCUGGAUUUAAAUUCACCCCCCUUUAAAGUCUAGUAGUUGACUCACAGCCAUUCUCAAGUCCUGCUUGUUUCUGAUGUUACAACUUCUUCCACCCAUUACGUCACUUUGUUUCCUCCUGUUGUUGUCACAGCUACUGUAAAGCUACAGAAGCUGAAAUGUAUUUCAUGAGAUUUAAAUAUUAUUCAAAUGUUAUACGCCAUAUCAGUGUGCAACAUUCAUUUUUCCAAAACUUCACUCUGGCUCUCUCAACUGACUCCCUUUGCGAUCCCUGUCACUGAACCAACAUCCACAAGUCACCUUGUUCGACGUGGCAGGCACACCAUCACGGACUGUCUUGUAGUGUGUCUUAGCUCCCGUGCUGUAGCCCCUGACCCCAAUGGCGAUAAACACUACAAUAUAAAUCCGUAUGCUAUGAUGGCAAACAGCCCACUGGCUAAUAAACGAUAUCUGACAAGAAUAUGACCAGUGGGCUGUUGCCUAACACACUGGAUGGUUCACAAGUGGAGGUCGUAUUUGGGAGCCACUGGAGCAGAGCAUAGUUUGUUUGCUAACUUACUAAAAUCUUCAGAGGAUUAUUACAGUAGGAGGAGUUCAAUAGUUCCCCUGCCAGCACAGUUCCAGCACAGUUCCAGCCGACUUCCAUUCUUUGAUUUAUGCUGUUUUGUCCGAGUGCUGCUUGUACCGAGCGGUGCAUGCAUCGAGGAGUUUUUGCGCCGCAUGGCUGUGAAAUCCAUGUGGGUUUAGUCACGUGUUAUUUUAUUUGCCAAGUGAUCUCUGACACAUAAAGCAGAAAGGUGCAGUUCCACUAUUGAAGUCGCUGAGGGCCAAAUGUAUCCACGCACCUCCCCGUGGAUAAACAAGGCAUCGCAUAGCUCAGGCUGUUUAGGGGUGUCCUCCGCUAACGUUAUGUCAUCGCUGGGGAUUAAAUUAACACAGGGGGCCUGCAGGGGUCCAUGAAAGGAGCGGUCAUGAACAAGUCACAGACCUUUCACGGAGUCACCAUGGAAAGCUGGGAACUUUUGAAUCGCUUCAUCUGUUUCCUCACUGAAUUAUAAUUCCGAUAUGGAUCAUAAUCUAAACAGAUUGCUUGCUUAUAUUCUGAACUGAGGGAGCGAGGCAAGGAUUGAGAGAAUUUCCUCUUGCAAGGGUGAUAGGGUUAACAAUCAGUCGAAGAUGGUGGUGGGAGUGUAAGUAAGGUUAAAGGCUCAAGGAUUUAAGUGGGGCAACUUAUGGUAUUUGUCUACGGGUCUCUAAUCCUGAACCCCAGACAAAAGAGACUUCAAACAACAGCAACAUGUAUGAAUUUAGCUCACUGUGUAAGAUAUAAUGGCAGUAAUUUACAUGCGUAAAAUAUGGAUAUAUUUGAGGAAGACAAGAGGAAGGGAACAUAUAAUCAUCAUAAUGGCAAGAAAGCAGUCAAGUCAAAGUCGGUCUUUUGUCGCAAACUACUGACAGAGAUGAAUGGCGGAGUCUUUUUAAAGUCCUUUCUCGUGCCUCAUUCUGGUGGGCACAUAAGCUUUUGCUGUGGAUGAGCAGUUAGCCAUCAAGCCCCUCACUGAGAUGAGAUGGGCUCGCAAGAAGAUUUGGGAUGAAAUCAGAGAAUCGGAUUAGCCAAAACGACUCAAUUGGAAUAAAUCGACCUAAGAGUAAUACCUUGGUAAAACAGAUCUUUAGCAUUUGAUUAGGUAAUGGAGGAGAAGCGAGUCUUUAAACAGCCUCCUGCUGUAGCGAGGUGCUCCAAACCUCCAUACCAGGCCUCGGGGCUGCUUUAACAAGAUGAUGACAUCACAUGUCUGCGUGCUGUAGGUAAUUCGAUUUCAACGUAAUUUAAUCUGAGCAUUUACUUCUGUAGCCAUACUUCUCAGAUCAUUCAAGCCUACUGUUAGUUAUAGCAUCACAAUAAGAACAAAACCCUUUCAAAACAUAGCAUUGUUACGAAAAAAAAAAAAAAUCUGAAUAACUGUUGUUUAAAGCAUGACAAUCUGUCGCACUGUAGCCAAAAAUUAUAAUUUGAAGCCUGUCGACUUGUGUAUUGUUUCUUUUGUACAGUAACAUAACAUGACCAUUUGCAUACUUUUACUCUCCUCGCAAUUCUGGAAUCAAAAAGGUAAAACAAAAGUAACUCAAGCUAGGACGGGUUCCAUCGCCCCCGCUGAGAACAGGGUGCAAUCCUUCACUUAUCAAGAGCGAAAAGUUUGUCGCGUCCGCAAAGUUGCAACUGCAUCCCUUCUGUGCCCCCUGUGGAGCGGCGAGUGUGAGACAGCGGGGGAUAACCAUAUGCUAUCAAAGCACUCCCUUCAAAAGCUCCCGUCUUUAAGCCACAAAACUGUACUAUCGCCACACAAACCGGACAAAUAAAUACGACUGAACAGUCCCAUGUUUAACGUGUGAGCGAACACUUGGCUCUGAUGUGUCUGUGCUCAAAAGAGGGCUCGUAAAUGUGAGUCAAAAUGCUAUGAAAAAUACUGCUGCUGGUGGAUAAUUAAAAUAUUUAUGAUUCCCUUUCUAGUCCCAGUUAUCAAAGGUUAAUUUGUACUCAACCCUCAUUUCAAUUGUGCCGCCGUAAAGUUCCACGUUAUUUCCCACACGGGUCAGGACGAAGGCUUUCAUUAGCCAAAGGUAGGCGCCGUAAUCGUCGGAGGAGUCGUAAGCUGUCCUAACAGCUUCUGGGGUCUUAUUGCAGCGGCCAUUCGCCCCAUGCCACGUGGCCUCCUCGACCCCAGUCAGACAUAAGCUUUAUGGGAAAGCACAUUAACUUGCUCCUGGGGUCACCUCUCCUUUAUCAACGGCAAUUCCGCAAAACCAAGUGUUUAUGAACCCGGAGCGCUGCUGAUUAUUAUCUAUAUUAGAGUUUGAGGAUGACCGUCAAGUCGCCAGUUCAGGAAGCGGCACAGAUGCUGAGCAAUAUCUUUUGAGUCUUGUCCCUGGAUUGCAGUUGUUGACCUAACAUGUACUAUAUAUCCAUGUCUUCCAUUGUGAAAAAAAUACACGCAAUAAAUAUGCAUUUACAACAAUAUUUUAUAAUUAUUUUAUUGUAUGUAUUUGAGGUACAAUUGUUCCGCCGCCCUCCAAAAUCAGUUUUCCAGUCGGGAGCGGUUUUGAAAAACAAGAUACCUUGGCUAAAUCCCCACUAACAGCAGGGAAAGUUAAAGUCCAAAGUGGAAAAAAAAAAAAAGGAUAUUUAAAUUCUAACUUGACUGAUUCAUUUUCCUCGCUUCCGGAUUUAAUAAAGAAAGUGUUGGCAGUCCAGGUGAGAAAAGACUUUAUUGGAACCAGAUCUUGUUUUUCAAACCCGUGAACAGAGAGAGACUCGCGUGUUUAGAGAAAGGCCGUCGUCUGUGGCUGUGAAUGACGGCGAGCUAACAUAUGUACAGGGGACGGGUGUCAGUAGAGUGGGCCUGCUUACCACCCCAUCACUGUUUCAAGAUCCUUUCAGCUGGCCUGCAAUGAUGGAUGGUGAUAGCCCUGUGUCUUUGUACACACUGGAGGGGGGCAACUGUUGUCAGCGGACAGAUAGCGGCAGCCAGGAAGAAAAAGAUGUAGCCGCAGCUUAAUGUCCUUCUCUGGUGCUGUGCAUGCUCUUUCCUAUUUGCUUUUCCCUUCACGGCACGGUUAACAUCAUAAAUUAACCUUUCCAAGCCCCCCUGUGCUCGGAGACUGGUGCGCCAAAAGAGACAGGGAGGGAGAAAAAUAGAUCUAUGUUAUGCAAUGCCGCAGCACUGGCGAGAUACAUAGCUUGUUAUAACAUUGAGACAUUUUUUUCUGGAUGGAGAAUGAAGCAACACAGUGAGACAAACACUCUUUUAUGUGCAUGUCCUGUGUUCUUCAACACAUCGGUAGGAGGCUGCUUUUCGUUCCCCGGCCUUGAGAUGUAAAUGAAACGGAUGAAACAAAAUGUGUUGUUGAUCCGUCCCUUCUGUCUGUAAAUAGGAUGUAAAUACCAUACAGCUAUGCAUGCAAAUAUACAGGCAAUUUGUUCAGGUACUUUUGUAAUCCAGAUUACUCAUACGGCAUGUGAUAAAAAAAAGGGAAAAAAAAGAGAAAUAAACUCAGAAGAGGAUGGUUUGUUAGCAAGAUUUUUUUGCUGUUUUCUUACUGACACCUAACGCAUCGGCCUGCCAUAGAAUAUAGCGCUCGGCUCAUUUUAUCCUCCAACAUUUCAUACGGUGGGGCUGAUGCAGAGGGUUUGUGGAAAAGCUGUGUCCGGACAAACUCUCUGUAGAUGUGUUUUUAUCGCCUCUGCACGUGCUCAAGCCUACGCUUGAUAAUGACUGACAUAUCCACGCUGUCUAGAACUAAGAAACGCAAUGGCAGUUUAGAGGUAGAGAACACUGGAAAGCUUUUUGAGUCAUCCGCCAAAAAGGGCAUCACCAGCUUUAAAAAGUGCUGCUUAGCGCAAAAAAAAAAAAAAAAAAAAGUGGAAUCAUUUGAAAAAGCUGGUCCGACAAGACGCGCAUGACUCGCUCCGAUUUCUCCAAUGCCUGUAUUCAAAGAGGAAGAAAUUGUCUUUCCCAUUUCCAAAAACGCGUCCGGUGAUGAUCGAAAUGCCAAAUUUGCCUCUGCCCAGCAACUCUAAUGCAACAUUUUAUUAACAGUAGCAAAGGAGGGCGUUGGGAGGAAAUGUUUUUGAUUUGUACAUUUACUUUCAUGUCAAACACUGAAAUCCUCGGACGCUCGUGGUAGAUGGAAGUGUCUAAUUUUUAACCUGUGCUAAAGAUAUUUUAAAUUUA